CAGAGUGUAAGUAACUAGCAUGGACAUGUAGUAUAGACCGGUGCCUGGCUCUUACCCGUUUAUUGGAGGUUGAAGGUCUCUGAGCUUGGCAGGUUUCUGGGAGAAAAAGAAGUUAUGGACCUCCUGCAGCUGCUGAAAUCCCAGUUCUUGUGUCACCUGAUCAUCUGCUAUGUGUUCCUGGCCAGCGGUCUCAUAAUCAACCUGUUGCAACUUUGUACAUUACCCCUGUGGUUGGUCAACAAACAGCUGGCCCGCAGGAUCAACUGCAGACUGGCCUAUUCCAUUUCCAGUCAGAUGGUAGCUGUCCUAGAGUGGUGGUCUGGAACUGAAUGCACACUCUACACAGACCCAAAGAGUCACCUACUGUAUGGAAAUGAGAAUGCCAUUGUCAUACUCAACCACAACUUUGAGAUAGAUUUCCUGUGCGGCUGGACCUUCUGUGAGAGAUUUGGGGUUCUUGGGAGUUCGAAGGUAUUAGCUAAGAAGGAGCUGGCCUAUGUGCCUGUGAUUGGCUGGAUGUGGUACUUCUUGGAGAUUGUUUUCUGCAAGAGGAAGUGGGAAGAGGACCGAAAGACAGUGGCUCAGAGUCUUCAGAACCUGAGGGAUUACCCAGAGAACUUUUGGUUCUUGCUUCACUGUGAGGGAACCCGCUUCACAGCACAGAAGCACCAGAUCAGCAUGCAGGUGGCUGAGAGCAAAGGUUUGCCAAAGUUGAAGUAUCAUCUCCUGCCCAGGACCAAAGGCUUCUGGGUCACCGUCCAAAACCUCAGAGGAGCCGCGGCGGCUAUUUACGAUUCCACGCUCAACUUCAGAAACAAUGAAUGUCCAACCUUACUUGGAGUCCUCAGUGGAAAGAAAUACCAUGCGGAUUUGUAUGUAAGGAGAAUCCCUCUAGAGUCGGUCCCAGAGGACGAGGCAGAGUGUGCAGCCUGGCUCCACAAGCUCUACCAGGAAAAGGACAGCUUUCAGGAGCAUUAUGCACAGAGCGGGUGUUUCCCUGGCCCAACAGUGAGCUCACAGCGCCGACCCUGGGCCUUAAUCAACUGGUUAUGCUGGUCCGCCUUGCUCUGCUACCCUCUAGGCCUCCUACUGGCUCAUCUGGUUUCCUCUGGGUCUCUACUCACCAUCCUGGCGUCCAUGGCUCUCUGCUCGGCAGCUUCAGUGGGCGUUCGCUGGAUGAUUGGCCAGACUGAGAUCGAGAAGAGCUCAAGCUAUGGGAAUAAGGCUUCCCUGAGCUAAGCGAUCCUGACCUACUAAGAGCUGCUCCCUACAACAGCUACUAAUCUGCAAGCCACUGGUUUCAGGAGGAAACAUUUGGCAGAACUCUUAUCUCCCAACAAGUGCUAACCUGCUUGGCAGCACAAAGCAGACGGAGUAUCGCCAUCUGAAGCGCCCUGCUCUCGAGCCUCAAGCUCUACAUGAAGCUGAACAGUGUGGUUUGAAAUGUGUUCAAUUUGGUAUGGAAAAGCUGCAAUAUUAUAAUGUGAGACAGGUUUAAGUCAUGGCUUCACUACAGUCUCAUUUCAGGAUGCAGAUGUUUGCAACACAGCCUUUCUGUCUUAAUAUGAAACUAAAAGUUCACCUGGGUGAAAAAUGGAAUACCUCUUAGAUAGCAAUGUACUGCAUAACAACUGACAUUUUUCAUGAUAAAAGAUAAUACACGUUCCCUUUUCU